AUGUCUGUGAAGCUCGAAAUCGAGGCAAACCCCAAAGAUACCAUCUCUUGUCCAGCACGCCACAUUACACCUAACGAGCAGAGGAACAUGAACUUACCAGGAGACAUACUUCUUCAAAUAUGCGAAGAGUUAGCCACUCAACUAGAAUUCGGAGUUCUUUUCAAUUGUGCUUUCUCCGGAAAACAACUGGUUGGCUCGGCGUUGCAAUGGUUAUACAGGACACAUAAUGAAUACUUGAGAAUUAUUAGCAGUGAAGGAGAGGCUCCUGAGUGGUCAAAAAUCCAAAAGCGCAAUUCUAAACACAGCGCGGCUUCGAAAUGGGCAAAAUUAUGGCAAUCUGUUGUACGCUCUAGUCUAGGGACUACUGCCUAUCCAUACUGUCUAUAUAUACGAUCGCUCGAUCUAACCAAUCUUUCGAAUCUUCUCGAGGAUACCACCUUCCGAGUGGCUGCGAAGGAUAACUUCUUUGCUGAUGAGAUGGCAGAGUUUCUAAGUGUAGAUGGGACACCCAGAAGGCGAUCCAAGAGAGGUCCACAAGUACGACUCAAUACUACAAACAUUAUCAAUCUGAUAGGAGAAUCAAUCACAAGAUAUGUCAGCGAGCGCGCGGAUGAAAAUCAAACAACGGUCGCUUUGGAGAAUCUUUCAGGGGAUAUUACAUCAAUUGCAUUGCCAAUAUGGGCCGGACGCUUAUCAAGGCUGAAAUCCAUGACGAUUUGGGACGGGAAAUCAUUGAAUGAGAACGUUGCGACGGUGAUCUCCAAAAGCUGUCCCAACUUUGACGAGAUCCGUAUAUUCGUGUGUUCAGAUGAUACCGAUCACAAUCCUGCAUCAUUCAUAAAAGGCCUCACACAGAACAGUCUCCUUUCAGUCGAGGUUUUGUCUAACUGCAGGAUUGGUCCUUCUUUUCUGACCGCUUUAAACCAUCAUUCCGAAUCACUGAAGAGCUUGAGGCUACAGAGCCUCAAUUCGGAAGCCAUCAAGAAUCUCAACAUUCUUCAAAGAUGCACUGCGCUUGAGACACUCGAUCUAGAGGAUAGUCAACAUACUGUGGACUUGGAAGCUACAGAGAACGAUGUAUUUCUUGAAGUCGUCGAAUGGUUGGGGCGCUGCGAGAAGCUCCGAGAACUGGUUCUAAACAGAAUUGUUUGUGCCCCAGCCAUUUUAAAGCAGGUUUGUCUACGAAACGAUAUCCGACUGCAACGGUUGGUAGUUACUGGCCCUUCUCUUGUCAAUGAUACAGAAUUUCAUAGAGCAAUUUCACACCAGACUGAACUCGAGGCCCUUGAACUUCGAGGUGGUUCGGACGAGGUAUUUAGAGUCAGAGAUGAUAUUGAUAAUCUUCUCACAUCCAUAUGUCAACUCACUAAGCUCAAGGAACUUACCAUCAUGGAAUCGUUUGAAUAUUUCAGUAGUAACGAAAUCAAACGUCUCGCAACAAGCCUGCCUCUUCUCGAAAAGUUUCACUUCUCAGGUUAUGGUAUUGGAGAUGAAAUCUUGCCUUACUUAUCAAAAUUACAUAAUUUGCGAGAUGUAUCUAUCGCUGCAAUCUCUAGCUUCACUCUCGAUGGCUUACUGGCCUAUGUUUCGACUUUACGAGAUACAAACCAAGGUCUUGUACUUUCAGUUAUGAGUCAGAAUUCCGACCAAGAUCUUGCACCCUUAGAGUUACAACUCAUCCGAGAAGGAAUGAUCGCGAAAGUAGAUGGAAAGUUUGACUUUGCACUGCUGAGAGAGGUGGCGGAAUCGGAGUUUGAUUCUGCUUCUGAUUAG